AUGUCUGAUUCUGAUAAUGAGACUGAUCAAGCUCCCAAGGUGAAAAAUAGAAGACCAGUUGAGAAUAGUUUUACACAGCAACGUUUGAAGGCUUAUCAUCCUAUAAUAACCCCCAAAACUGUUAUUCCAUUAUUAUUAAUCACUGCUAUAAUAUUCAUCCCAUUGGGAGCCGGUAUGCUUUAUGGUUCUAACCAAGUCGAAGAUUUAACUAUUGAGUAUACACAAUGUGAAAGCCAGGCACCAAUGAACCGUUUUGCUGAAAUACCUGAUGAUUACUACGACUUUAGAUUUAAAGAAGAUAUCUCAAUAAAACCACAAUGGAAAUACACUGUAAACUUGUCUGAAUCCGAUCCUGAGGAAAAUGGGUUAUGCCAUUUACAAUUUCAAAUCCCAAAUGACAUUGGGUCUCCUGUCUUCUUUUUCUACAAAUUGAAUAACUUUUAUGCAAACCAUAGAAGAUAUGUUGUUUCAUUUAGUGAAGAUCAAAUUAAUGGUAAAGCUGCUUCUCUUGACGCCAUUAAAAAUACAGUAGGUGCAAACUGCGAACCUUUAUCUGUUGAUAGCAAUGGGACAAGAUACUAUCCAUGUGGGCUAAUUGCAAACUCAUUAUUCAAUGACACUUUUACAAUGCCCAAGGGUGUUAACCAGACCUCUAUCGACUAUGAUAUGACUCAAGAGGGUAUUGCUUGGGAGAGCGAUAAAAAUAGGUUCAAGAAAACUGCGUAUGAUCCAUCUGAAGUUGUUCCUCCACCAAAUUGGAUUAAACGAUUUCCAAAUGGCUAUUCCGAAGAAAAUAUGCCGGAUAUUUCAACUUGGUAUGAAUUUCAAAAUUGGAUGCACCCAGCUGGUUUACCAACAUUUUCAAAUUUGUAUUAUAGAAAUGAUGACGACAAAUUUUUAGAAGGAACUUAUGAAGUCGUGGUUGGGCUACAUUGGCCUGUCAAGCCAUUCAAUGGAAAUAAAUACAUCUAUAUAACUACAAGAUCUAUCAUCGGUGGCAAAAACUCGUUUUUAGGUGUUACUUGGAUUGUGGUUGGAGGCAUUUGUUUCCUUUUGGCUAUCUUAUUUCUAAUCGUUCACCUCGUUGCACCAAGAAAGAGUGGUGAUACAAGCUAUUUGUCAUGGAAAAAGGAAAAAGAUAUUUGA